CUUGAUUUUUAAUCCCCUAGUUUCGGGUGUUUUCGUCGACGGUCUAAGCCGUAUAGCUUCUCCUACUUCCCCGUCGAGCCGUUUGUGGUGCGCGUUGCUGCUGCUGCUCCCUUCGCGCGUCGUUGCAGCAACUCCUACCUACCGUCGCGUAACCGUGUGGCCGUUGCUUUCGUACUACGUUUCACCCUUUCCAUCGUCGACGCCGACGCCGACGCUGACGACGACGCCACUACCACCGCUAUUACCACCACUACCGGUCGCCACCAUCACCACCUCCACCACCUUCAACCACCCCCAGCAGCUCUGCUACCACCACCACCACCACCGCCACCGAUCAUCGCCGCCCCUCUGUCGCCAUCACAAACCUACCAACACUAGUAGGUGUUCGUCAACUGCUACGCUCCCAUCUGGUCGUUCUUUUAAGGGGUGGUUGCGAGUACGUACUCACACCCGUAGAAUAGCGCUACUCCUAAAACGGCCGAAUCCACCGACGUAGACGUACAGUCAGUCCCGUGUACGGUCUGUACAGUCUCUGGUAAGAGCAAAGGUUGGCGUGGCGGCGAGCUCGCUCGCACGCGCGCGCGCGCGUCCACCAACCAACCACCCAGACCGACCAGCCAACCAGCCAGCCAGCCACCGAGCCGAGUCGAGUCGAGCCGAGCCACACUUGGCUCGAACGUAAAGCGACUGGUACACCAUCUUUGAACAAUUUUCACGAGAAAGCACGAUCGUAACGGAUCGGAUAUUUCAAUUAACGUCCUGCGCGAACAGUGGGGAAAAUCUCGGCCGCGAUCACAAUCGUUAUCGUAUACGCGGUGACACGCGUGUUUCACGUGGAAAUAUCGAAAUUUUCUAUCAGGUUCACCUUUCUUUCUACCGCCGUACGUGUUUCCCCUCUUUCGGGUACGCUCCCACUAUACACCCCCUUCUUCGCUCUUUCUCCUUUCCUCUUCGGUCUUCUCCCCUAUCCCACCCUCGUUCUUCAUUCUUUCGGGUCCUCUGCGCGUUACGGUGUGAACAUACUUGAGAAAUCGCGCGACAAGGUGGUAAACGCUGGUGCAAUCGCGAGCCGUAGAAACGAAAUCGUAUCCGCGAGAACCCUACCGAGAAUACCAUGCACGAUUCCUUCGACGGUACGAAUCGGACACCCGUCGAUUCUAAAACGACACGAUAAUACACAGACGGAGACCGUUCACUCUAACUCCUAAUUCGUAAACUCGAACUCUAAUCCCCUAACUCUGUAACGUUAACUUCGGCUGUAACUGUAAUAACGCGAACGCCGUUUUAUUUAAUGGGGUGGUGGUGGUGGUUGUGGUGUAACGUAAGGUCGUUUCUUUGGUUUGCCCCUUGAUCAUCGAUGGACAGUUCGGCGCGUCGUCUUUUCGGACCGUAGUUCUCGACGCACGGUAGAACAGAUUGUGUACACGCGUACAGAUCGAUCGAGCAAUUGUAUUUGAGAUGAUCGAGUCGCUGAAAGAGCUUCCGUCUUGUCCCGAGAAACGUCCACGGAGGAGGGCCGCGCGUUCAAGGUGAAUUAUUACGUGUCGCCGAGUUUACCCCCUUGCGAGAUCGCCCGUCCUCCCUACGGUCGAAUCUCGUCGAAUCUCGGACGAAUUUCGCAGCAACCGAGGUUCGAACGUUACCGUUACCGUCCCCGCUGCACCGUCGCGGUGGACACAGUCGUCGAUCUAGUGACAAUCUUAAACGUAACCGUAUCCCAGCGGAACGUCUCCGCACGCUCCAGGACGGAGAAAGAGCUUCCGAGUAUCUCCGAGAACCGUUGGAUAACCCGUUCGAGGUGAAACGAAGCUUAUUUUUUUGCUAUAACACACUUAUCUCUCGCUCGACGUCCCCGUUUUCGAGAACGGUAAACGGAAAACGCGGAAAUAAUACUCUCCGGACGGAAAUAAUAUGAAAUGCGAGCAACGAUAGAACACGGAUCUGUGAAAACUUUGGUACGCGUGAACGCGUAAAAAGUGUGCGAGCCAGCAGCCUGCGGUUUCUGCGCGUAUAAAGGAAAAACGUGCGUUCCGCGGAUAAACAAGAUUCCGUCGGAAACAGAGUGACUCGACGCACGUAACACGUUGAUUCCCGUAUUCCCGUAUAUUCCGGCCGAUCGAUCGUUACUACGAGGGAGCGCUAAGACUGAUUCUUUCCCCAAGAAAUUGCCUCGUAGGACCAGCGUAGUACGCGUAACUCCGGCGGGGGACCUGCCCGAAGAUUCGGCCUCGUGCAUUUCCGAUUUUGCUUUUCACGUCUUCGGUCCCGUCUUCGGUUCGCGCACGGCCGAUCGAUACAGUCGAAAUAAUGCUUUUGCCCGUCGCCAAAUUCUUUCGCUGCGGUGUGCUGUUACUGUUAUGGAUCAGAUCGAGUUACCAGCAAGAGGAGGACAUACCUCAUAUCGAAGUGAAAAACUGGGCGUUGAAGUUCGGCGUGGACCUGUGGGAGUUCGGCAAACAGGUCACGAAAAUGAGCGAGAUACAGAGGAAAUACCACGAGAUGGAGGCCGAGGUUAUCAAGAAGGACGGCAUGGUACUGGUACGAGAUAUGGCAGCCGAGGUGAAGAAUAUGUUGGACUUCAAGAUGAACGCCGUGAUGAGAUUGGUGGAGAGCGCCGAACAGGCAGCUGUAUCCGCUCCCAGGGAUGGAAACGUAUCGCCGAAAUAUUAUUCCUCGCAACGCACGGACGCCUAUUCGCCGGAUGGGAAAUCAUCGACGAGCGGUCAGGAUUUUCUGCUAUCCAGCCGGCACUUCGACCAUUUGCCCGUGAACCUCACGCUAUCGACGGUCCUGCUGCCUUCCGGCGUACAAGACGAUUAUCGCGAGGUAACCGCCGGCAUCCAAUGGAGCGAAUACCUGGAUUUAUUGUUCGUCAAUAAUUACGAGAGCGACCCGUCGCUGUCCUGGCAAUACUACGGCGCGACAUCGGGAUUUCUGCGACGUUUCCCCGCGAUUUCUUGGCCGCCGACGUCGAAUCGUGGACCCGGCUCGAGAAGAAACGGGAACCGGCCAGUCCGCGACGUCUACGACUUCCGAAUUUCAAAUUGGUUCAUCGGAGCUGCGAACAGUCCGAAGGAUUUGGCUAUAUUAGUCGAUAUCGAAUGCUACGCGUCCGAGCGGAUCAAACGGCUGACGAUAAGCACCGUGAAGACGAUCCUCGACACGCUCGGCCCGGACGAUUACGCGAACGUUUAUCGUUACGGCGACUCCGCGGAGGAGAUCGUGCAGUGCUUCAAGGACAGCUUGAUCCAAGCGUCGCCGGAGAACGUGCAGGAGCUGAAGGUGGCGGCGAGCACGCUGAAGCACGAGGAGAUGCCGAAGAACAUAUCGGCCGCGCUCGGAACUGUCUUCGAGACGCUUCACAGAUACAAUAGAACGGGACAAGGGAGCCAGUGCAACCAAGCCAUUAUGUUGAUCACCGCGGACAACUCCGGUUUACCCACGGACGUGAUCAAACGAUACAAUUGGCCCCAUAUGCCUGUUCGAAUCUUCACCUAUCUCAUAGGGGGUGACAAGAGCCCGGAGCUCCACGAAACCGCUUGCGCGAACAAAGGAUUUUAUGCGAGGAUCACCGACACAGAGGAGAUCAAGAGCAAAGUUUUCGAAUACGUGAAAGUCCUUGCCCGGCCUAUGGUGCUCUACCAACACGAUCAUCCUAUCCAUUGGAGUCCAGUUUACGUCGGUGGAAAGAGUGGUCGAUACGGCAAGGAAGAUAACGGGCAGCUGAUGCUAUCGGUUACCGCACCGAUCUUGGACCGUCGAAAUUACACGGUGAAGACUGCCAAUUUGUUGGGUAUCGUCGGUACCGAUGUGCCCGUGGAAGAGAUUCAAAAGCUCGUUCCUCCUUAUAAGUUGGGCGUCAACGGAUAUUCUUUCAUUGUUGACAAUAACGGUAGGGUUUUGUAUCAUCCGGAUUUGCGGCCUUUGCAGCCCAGCAACGUAGACUACGAAGAAACGUUGAAACCCGCUUACGUUAGCGUGGACCUGUCGGAAGUUGAACUCGCCGAGUACGACGGUCCGUCGCACCCGUUGAACAAUUCCCUUCUUCUCGACUUGAGGCACGAUAUGAUCGAUCAAAAGGAAGGGGAGACCAACUUCGCGAUUAAAAUUCAUUACGACGAUAUGAGAAGGGUCACCAUUAGACGGCACAAUUACUUUUACAAGUCGAUCGAGGGCACACCGUUCUCGUUGGGACUAGCAUUGCCCGACGGUUACGGCAUGUUUGAACUAUUGGCCGAACAGGAGAUCAAGCAUGCCAUAAUAAACGUGACCGAAUACUUUAAGGGAACCAACUGGAAGGUCCAUCCUGAUUGGGUGUAUUGCGAAUAUAAUUCGGCCUCGGAAAAAUGGUUCUCCACCCCGGAAGAUCGCGUUCUGUAUUUUCUGUCGCGAGCGCGAAAUCCGGGCUGGAAAUGGAUGUCCUUGAGACCAAGGAGUCCAAGCUCGCACCAUAGUGAGCAAGCGAGCAAGCCCGACAAAGAUUCCUACUACUGCGAUAAAUCGUUAGUGCAGGCUCUGGUUUUGGAUGCGUUGGUAACUGAUGGCUUCGAUAAAAGAGGCCCGAUGCAUAAAGAGGAGAACCAGAGCCCUAUUGCCAUACUGAUGGCUCUACUGCACAGUCAAGGAAAAGGCAGAUUCGGUGUGACACGGAGUUUCAUUGCCACUAGAAGCGGCUUGUUUCGUUGGCACGAGCAUCAGCAAAGCAACGAAGAGUCGAUCGAAGAACCACCGUUCGCCGAGAAAUAUGCGAGAACUAUGGAUUCCUCUUGGUACAAACGCGCCGUCGAUCAGCAUUCGGUAGAACCGGAAAGUUUCGUCUUCAGCGUGCCGUUUGACGCCGCCGACAGCCCCAAUCCUUUGGUGACUGCUACGCACGCGGUGUUCAUGGGAAAAGGACACAAGGCACCAGCGGCCGUCGUGGGUCUCCAAUUCCAGCAUUCGUCGUUGGCGUCUCAUUUCGUCAACAUCACUUCCACGUGUAGCGGUACCAAUUGUAAGAAAACUUGUGCUUCCGAGGAACUAGACUGCUAUAUCCUAGACAAUAACGGAUUCAUCAUCAUCAGCGAACGUCACGAACACACCGGGAAAUUUUUUGGCGAAAUCGACGGCACCAUAAUGGACUCGUUGGUGCAGGACAGGAUUUACAGGAAGGUAACGGUGACCGACUAUCAGGGUAAAUGCAGCCCGCAAGAGUCUCAUCAAUCGGCGGCCUCGAAGACGUUUCCCGAGUCAGUCGCGACAACGAUCACCCUAUUUGGUCACCUGCUCUGGAAUUUGGCGUUCGGCUUCAACGUGCAGAACUUGUGGCAGAUCGCUUUCGCGUUCGCCGGCGAGUCUGUGCGGAAUUUCGAUGUAGACGGCGCGAUUUUCACGGACACGGCCGAGAAGGCUCAGGAACUCGCUUCGCUGAUGAACGGGGACUCGGAUUCGACCGGCGAAUCGAUCGUGGACGAUAAUCAACCGUUUCCCAGGCUUCCGUCGGUCGCCGCCGCUUCUCCCGCCUCUCCGAGCACGACGAGGGCCACGUCCGCCUACUAUCCGCAACGGAAGCUCCGCGCCUGUGAGAAAAAAACCGAUCUUUACAUUUUGCAGCCUGAAAGACUCAACACCAGCGGGCAGAGCGAUCCCUUGAAGGGGAAGUUGACCAACUGUCACGUGACCGGCUGCGAAAGGCCGUUCAGCGUGCAAAAAAUUCGACACACGAAUCUGAUCUUACUGGUGGUGGACACAUUGUGCCCGUGCGGCAGCAAACAGCUGAGCAUCGAGCCUAUAGAGGCGAUCACGGAAGCCGGAGCCUGUAGCGCGAGAAGAGAACGCCUGUACCGCCGGAGGCCGCCGAAGUGCAUAAACUAUCACCCCGAAGAGAUGGAAAUCAAAGUUUGCGGUGGCGCGGGUCGUCCAUGGAAUUCCCCUUUCGUGAUAUUGCUCGCGAUCGCGUCUGUCGUUUACGCGUCCCGGUUGGCGUGACUUUAAUCGGAUUCAAAUUGUACACACAUUCGCAAAUUAUCUUUUUGAAAUGAAUUUAGCGUUGUCGUUUCUAUGAAACAGUUAUAAAAAAAAAAUGGUAUACUAGUUGAUUCGUUUAAUACCUGUACUUGACAAAUACGAGCCUACGAACGAACGAACGAGAGCGAACGAGCGAGCGAGUGAACGGAGCAAACGAACGUGUGAUUCGCUGAGUGCGUGCAUUCACGUAUGCGAACGUAUGAUGCGAGAACCAGCGGAACGCCACCAAGUUACCUACUUACAUUGAUUCGCGCGAGGUGUAAAAUCAUUCAUCUCGUGAAUGUACGCACAAUGAAAGCUCGCUCUCGAAUAGCCGAGAGAGCGUCUGUUUGAUUGUAUGAUUGUGUGACUAUGUGAGCGCGUGGAAGAGAAAGAGAAAUAGGGGUGAGAGAAGAGAGAGAGAAAGAGAGAGAGAGAGAGAGAAACGUUUACGGCAUAAUAUAUGUACAUAUAUGCACGCGCGUGUGUGCAAUCAUUCGUGUAUCGACGAGUAUACACACAGAUUUCAAUACAACCAUACGUUCACACAUACGUCGAGUAUGCGAAUGCUUGCACGCAGACGUGUGCAUAUAAAAAUGCAUAAUAUUAAUGUUGAUCUAUAGUUACAUAUCUCAUACAUUUUGUUGCGAGAAAGUUGUGAAUAUUUCUUAAUCGUAUUACACAGGAUAUAAACACCCACACGCGUACACGUACAUAUCCAUAAUACAAUGCGUACACGGCAAACACGUACACAGAUGCAGGCGGAGACAGAAAACACGUGCAGAGUCGAAUCCGAUUCCUAAUUAUUAACGUAUAGCGAAGAUGCAUCCACCAACGAUUGCAAUACAUACUUUGUAAAGGUGGAAAACGAUUUGUUACACGUGAAACUUGAUCGUCCACGUUCGAGACAAUUUAUCUUGGUGAAUGCACAACACAUACACGCGCGCGCGCGCACACACAGACACAUACAGACAGAGACACACUGUUCGUCAAAGACGACCGUUAAAAGGUGCAACCAACGUUUCCUGUUAUAAAAUAAAUGCGAUAUUCGGAUGUUCUGAUUUCACGGAUCACGGAUCACGGUGAAGCUUGUAAAGCAUAACAAAGCAUAACAAAGCGUAACAAAUUCACGACAAUUUCACCUCUUGAUGAACGGAUGGAAGAGAUUAAAAACAAUAUUUUUCCUCUUCGUUGUUCCAAAUUUCAACUCGUCCGUCGCGUAGGCCUAUCAUCUUAAUCGUAAGUUUCGUUUCGAUGAAUAUAGAGGAUCCUCUAGAGGCCCGCCUUCUCGUAUCGGAGCCAUCGGGACACGAUACAUAACAUAAUUCCGGCGAUACGGCCCGGAUGGAUCUUGCGCGUGCAAAAGUUCAGAUCGAUUUCGCUUCGGAUCGUUUUACGCGGCAAACGUAGAGAUCGUGCGCCCCUUCUUCCUCCAUUACAAUUUACAAAUUGGUCAUUGUCGUUGUCGUUGUCGUCGUCGUCGUUGUAUUGCGUUCGAAAUAAUUCAAGUAGUAAUCGCAGUCGUACAAUAAAUUACGCGUGAACAUUGAUUGGGAUAUUGCACGAAGCUUGGAGCAACGAAAUACUGAAUAUUAAGCAAAAUGUAACGUAUUAACGUAUUAACGAUUACUAAAGGCAAAAGGCAUAAAGAAAAGAACAAAAAAGAACAAAAAAAGAAAACAAGAAAAAAGAAAAAGAGAAAGCAAGAGAACUUACAACGUAAUACUUUUACUAAUGAGACGAGACGAGAUGAAGUGAAAUGAAAUGAAUUUAUUGUUGAGAAAUCUGUUACGCGAUGGACAUCGCCGAGCGUGUUGGACGCGAGCAAUGGACGGACGGAUGGUAGAAUUCUACGACGAGAGAGGAGUGUGCAGGCGACCACGAUUAGAGAGGUUUAGGGUUCGGGGGUUGGGAUUUCGGGUUUCGGGUUUUGGGGCUUGGGGCUUCGGGUUCGGGACUUCGGGUUUGGAGUUGCAAUUGCACUAUCUUUAUCGUACGAGCAUGGAUCGCGAAUGAUCGCGGCAAGGUGUCGGAUCAAUUUGAACGCCGUGUAGCCUAAGUACAGAUGCUGACGCGAAACAUAAUGAUCGAAUCAAAUCGAACCGAUGGUUAUAAUAUUCUAUUACUAUGCGUCUCGCCGUUUGUUUACCUAAUACAAUAAUUAGCAUAUCGUUUACAAAUUUACGACGGAGGAUGAAACGCUUCAUACGCCGAGGAUAAACGGUGCAAAUUACGCGUCGAAGUUAUCGAAGCAAAAAAUAUCAACUCGACGAAAAAUAUAAGAUUUACGAAUGUUUUAGGUAAGAGAAUGUCUUUUGAAGAAGAGCACCUCUAGGUGCUGCCAUGUCUUCCAAUAUUUGUAUAUUGAUAAUAAAGUCUAUUAUAAAGGUAAAACGCGCACCAGUAUGCGUAGACGCGGCACCGGGAUGCGGAUAUGCGUAUACGCAUGCGGCUGCGACCGCAUACCGCACACAUACCAGUAUAAGUGCACAUGUGAGCCAAGCAAGUUCUUAGGCAUGUGUACGCUUGUACGAAUUCGUUAGGUUACUAAACACUUAAAAUAAUGUAACUGAAAAUAUGGCAUAAUAUUAUAUAAUAAAAUCUAAAUGCAAGAGUA